CUCUGAUAAAUAAUUGUUUAGUAGUCUAUGGUUGCGACAUAAGUGAUUUCUAAUUCUAGUUUUUCGUAGGCUUUCUUUUUAUAUUUAGAUUUACUAGCAAUAACACGUUCUAAUAUAAUAUUUUGACGAAUAUAACAAUCUCCUUUUAGUAUAUAAGUGAAAAUGGCUGAUUUCUUGGAGUCCGAAGCUGAAGAGAGCGAGGUAGAUUCUGAGGACGAACAGCCAGCGGAACGUAAGAAACCAAAACGAAAAGCUGCCGUACAGAGUGAGGACGAAGACGAAGAAGAAGAAGAUGAUGAGGAGCGUCUACGAGAAGAGCUGAAAGAUUUGAUAGAUGAUGCUCCUAUAGAAGAAUCAGGCAGUGACGGGGAAGACUCAGACGCUAGUGCCGGUCCAAAGAAAAGAAAAAAAAGUGAUGAUGAACUUGAUGAUAGACUUGAAGAUGAAGAUUAUGACUUGAUUGAAGAGAAUUUGGGUGUAAAAGUUGCUAGAAAUAAGUUUAAAAGAUUAAGGCGUUUAGAAGAUGAUGAUAGUGACAACGAAGGACAAGAUGAUCCUGAACUGGAGCGGGAAGUCAUUGCAGAGAAGCUAUUUGUUGGUGGCUCUGAUGAGGAGGAUGAAAAUCGUUCAGAACCAGCACCACCACGGGAAGUGGAAUAUGAUGAUGAUAAUGAGGACAUGGAGUCAGAUGCUGAUGACUUCAUAGUUGAUGACGACGGUAGACCCAUUGCUGAGAGAAAAAAGAAACGUAAACAUAUCUUCACUGAUGCCACAUUGCAAGAAGGUCAAGAUAUUUUUGGCGUGGACUUUGAUUAUGAUGAAUUUGAGAAGUAUGGUGAAGAAGAUUAUGAAGACGAAGACGAUGAGGACCUAGAUGAAUAUAUAGAGGAUGAGGAUGAGGAUGGAGAAAGAAGAAGGACUAAGAAAGGCAAACCCAAGCGGCCCAGCAAGAAGUCAAUAUUUGAGAUAUAUGAGCCCAGUGAGUUGAAGAGAAGCCACUUCACUGAUUUGGAUAAUGAAAUACGUAAAACGGACAUUCCUGAGCGGAUGCAAAUACGUGAAGUACCAAUCACUCCAGUUGAAGAGGGAAGUACUGAACUGGAAGACGAGGCUGAAUGGAUUUACAAGCAGGCCUUCCUCAAGCCCCCCGUGUCCAAAGCCGAUUCUCAGGAUGCAAGGGAUAGGUCAAGAAGAGGUUCCAGCACAGUGGUUAAAAUCCGCCAAGCGCUGGACUUCAUGCGCAACCAAACGCUGGAGGUGCCCUUCAUAGCGUUCUACCGCAAAGAGUACGUGCAGCCAGAGCUCAGUAUCAAUGAUCUGUGGAAAGUUUACAAGUAUGAUGCCAAGUGGUGCCAACUCAAGCAGCGUAAGGAGAAUCUAUUGCGACUAGUGGAGAACAUGCGCGAGUACCAGUUGGACAAGGUGAUGGCCGACCCGGACGCGCCCAUACCGGACACCAUGAGGCUUAUUCGAGACGAGGAUAUUGACAGAAUGAGAAACGUCCAAACGUCAGAAGAGCUCCGUGACGUACACACACACUUUCUACUGUACUACUCAAAUGAUUUACCUGAAAUGCAAAAAGUGCAGCGGGCAAAAGAAAAGAAAAAGGAGUUUGAAGAAAAAAAGAGAUUAGCCAGAGAAGAAGCAGAGAAGAACGGCGAAGACCCCGAGGAGGCUGUGGCGGCCGUGGUGGCGUCGCAGCCUGAUGAGGAGGACACCACGGAGGUCAAGUAUGCGGUGCGCUCCGGGCCCUACGAGCUGUGCAGGAAAGCUGGGAUUGGUCCACUCGUAAAGCAGUUUGGUUUGAGCCCGGAGCAGUUUGCGGAGAACGUCCGGGACAACUAUCAGAGGCACGAGGUGGAACAACCACCAGAACCUCCCUUGGACGCGGCGCAGGCAUAUACAGCGGCAGACGGUUCGUCGACGGAGGUGCUGCGGCGCGCCGUGUACAUGUGCGGCGUGCAGCUCGCGCGCGAGCCGCUGCUGCGAGCCACGCUGCGCGACGCGUUGCGCGAGCGCGCCACCGUCUCCGUGCGCCCCACCGCGCGCGGCAUGAAGGAGAUCGACGAGAGCCACUCGUGCUUCAGUAUGAAGUACCUCAAGAAGAAGCCCGUCCGCGACUUGACCGGCGACCAGUUCCUCAAGCUGUCGAUAGCGGCCGAGGACAAGUUGCUGGACAUCACCCUCAGCGAGCAGAUCGAGGGGAACACUGGGCCCAAUUAUUUGGAGGAACUGAAACAGUUGUACCAAAAGGACGAAUUCGCAGCAACAGUCCAAGCUUGGAACGAACUAAGGGCUGAGGCAGUGACGUUGGCUCUCACGAAGAUCGUGAUGCCUGAACUUAGGCGCGAGUUGCAAGCUGUACUCUUGCAGGAGUCCAAGGAAUAUGUUCUCAAGUGUUGUCGUCGACGUCUAUACGACUGGUUGAAAGUGGCGCCUUACGAGUCCCGGGUAUCAGACGAUGAUGACGAUGAAUGGGACACUUCUAAUGGUCUCCGCGUGCUCUCGAUUGCGUACGUGCCAGACCGCGCGCACUGUGCGUUCGCGUGCGUCGUGGCGGCGGCGGGCGAGGUCGUGGACCACUUGCGUCUGCCGCACAUCCUGUACCGACGCAACGCGUGGGACGCGCUCGAGCGACGCAACAAGGAGGCCGACAUGACCGCACUACGCCGGUUCAUCCUGCGUAAGAAACCUCACGUGAUCGUAAUAAGCGGUGAGUCUCGCGACGCGCAGAGCAUCAAGGUGGACGUGGCGGAGUGUGUGCAGCAGCUGGUGGAGGACGAACAGUUCCCGCGGAUCCCUGUGGAGAUCGCCGACAACACUAUUAGCAAGAUAUACAGCAACAGCAUUAAAGGACGGAAUGACUUCAGAGAAUAUCCAGAUACCCUGCGACAAGCGAUAUCCCAGGGUAGAUUACUACAGGAUCCACUGAUGGAGAUUUCUCAACUUUGCGGACCUGACGAAGAAAUCUUAUGUCUCAGAUACCAUCCACUGCAAGACCACAUAGCAAAAGAAGAUUUACUCGAAGGCAUUGAACUAGAGUUUGUGAAUAGAGUGAAUGAAGUAGGGGUUGAUGUGAACGAGGCAGUUUUAACAGGUCGGGGGACGGAGCUGCUGCAGUUCGUGUGCGGUUUGGGUCCAAGGAAAGCCCAAGCUCUCAUAAAACUGUUCAAACAAACGAAUCAGAAGCUAGAAAACAGGACACAAUUGGUGACAGUAUGUCACAUGGGUCCGAAAGUCUUCAUUAACUGUUCAGGGUUCAUAAGAAUAGAUACAAGCAGUUUGGGUGAUAGUACUGAAGCUUAUAUUGAAGUGCUCGACGGGUCCCGAGUGCAUCCAGAAACGUACGAGUGGGCACGGAAAAUGGCCGUCGACGCUCUGGAAUACGAGGAUGAGGACGCAAACCCAGCGGGGGCUUUGGAAGAAAUCCUCGAAGCUCCUGAGAGAUUAAAGGACUUGGAUCUCGACGCGUUCGCCGAAGAACUAGAGAGACAAGGCUUCGGCAACAAGAGCAUAACUUUAUACGAUAUUCGUGCAGAACUGAACUCUAGGUAUAAAGACCUCAGAGUCACUUAUCGAUCGCCGACCGCCGAAGAAAUGUUCGACAUUUUAACCAAAGAGUCCCCGGAUAGUUUCUACGUGGGUAAAAUGGUUUUGGCGACAGUAAUCGGUAUCUCACAUAGGAGACCAGAAAGGGAGAAGCUAGAUCAGGCGAAUCCUGUGAGAAACGACGAAACUGGUCUCUGGGAGUGUCCAUUUUGUCGAAAAAAUGAUUUCCCCGAGUUGUCAGAGGUAUGGAACCACUUCGACGCGGGUUCGUGUCCCGGACAAGCGACCGGGGUCCGGAUCCGCCUGGACAACGGCCUGUCCGGCUACAUACACAUCAAGAACCUGUCCGACAAACACGUGACGGACCCCACGGAGAGAGUCCGGAUAGGCCAAACCAUACACUGCAGGAUACUGAAGAUAGACGUCGAGAGAUUCUCCGUGGACUGUUCCUCCAAAUCUUCCGACUUGUUAGACAAAAAUAAUGAGUGGAGACCUCCAAAAGACCCAUACUAUGACCAGGAAUCUGAGGACAAGGAUGUACGCAAGGACACCGAGGCCAAACAGACCAAGGAGCGCUUGCAGUACGUGAAGCGAGUCAUCGUGCAUCCCUCCUUCCACAAUAUCAGUUUCGCGGAGGCGGAGAAGUUUAUGGAGAAAAUGGCUCAGGGAGAAGUUAUUAUCAGACCUAGCAGUAAGGGUUCCGACCACCUGACGGUGACGUGGAAGGUGGCGGAGGGCAUCUGCCAGCACAUCGACGUGCGGGAGGAGGGGAAAGAGAACGCGUUCUCUUUAGGUCGUAGUCUCUGGAUACAAGGCUCAGAGUUCGAGGACCUGGACGAGAUCAUCGCGCGGCACGUGACGCCCAUGGCCAGCCACGCGCGCGACCUGCUCUCCUACAAGUACUACAAGCCGCUGCUCGGCAUGCGGGACAAGGCCGAGGAAAUACUCAAGGAGGAGAAGGCGAAGAACGGCAACAAAAUCCACUACGUCAUCUCCGCGUCCAAGAAUCAUCCCGGAAGGUUCCUCCUGUCGUACUUGCCGAGGACGAGGUGCACGCACGAGUACGUGUCGGUCACUCCGGACGGGUACAAGUUCAGGCAGCGGAUGUUCGACUCGCUGGGCGGUCUGCUCAAGUGGUUCAAGGAGCACUUCCGGGAGCCGCCGCCGUCCGGCACGCCCGUCCAACGGACGCCGGCGCUGCGCACCCCGCACGGCGGCAUGACGUCCGCCAUGUACCACACGCCGGCCGCGCACACGCCCGCCUUCCACACGCCGGCGCACACGCCCGGCCCCGCCUACAUCAACACCCCCUACACGCCGUCGGCGCAGACCCCCUACAUGACGCCGUUCGCCACCACGCCCCGCCAGCCCGACUUCCUCACGCCCGCCGUGCCGCGUCACAAGCCCGUCGUCCAAAUGCCCGUGUACACGGAGCCGUCGGACUGGCAGAAGGCGGCCGAGGACUGGGUGCGCCACAACCGCACCGUGCGCGACACGCCCGUCACGCCGCGCAGCGACGGCAUGUCGACGCCUCGCGACUCGUCGCGCACGCCGCGCAUGGACUCGCGCUCGACCCCCCGGCACGACAUGCGCACGACCCCCCGCCACGACAUGCGCACGCCGCGCCACGACGGGCGGAGCACCCCCCACGGGCACAGCAGCUCGGGGCGGUCGUCGCGCUCCCACUCCGUGCGCUCCACCCCCCACACGAACACGUCUCCGCGCUCCAUGUCCCUCGGCGACGCGACGCCGCUGUACGACGAGAACUAGGCUGAAGACUGACGUCACCGAGGAGACGUUUUUAUUUUUGUACGAUACGAGGCUCUACACUUGCGUGUAGGACCGUGCUGUGAACGUGAAUGUUUCAUCCUGAAUGAAAGAUGUAGAAGAAACGAUGGGAUUCUUGUCCGUCCGUUACCGGCAAGCGUUCUAUUCAAUCUUUUAGUAAAGCUAUUGUAUGUGUAUAUGAAUUUCAGAAUAUCAGAAUACGCAAUAAUAAUUUGUAAUUUCGAUUUAAUGCAUCAGCUUCGAUGUUCAAGACAGGACCUUGAGUUCAAGUGGCUCAUUAUUCUGUUGUAACUUUAUAAUGAUUAGGUGAUAUUGCGAUUUGCGAGCCGGCGUCGAUGGAAUGUCGUAAGCGAUGAUUGUUUUGUAAGAUUUUGUAUCGUAUCUAGGGAUUGCAAUCUUGUAUUAUUUUUAAACCGAAUCUCUAAAUAAAACGGAAAAUUUACUGUAAUAUGAAUGGUUUCUUGAAAUCAUUAAUAUUAUAGUCAGAAAUCUAUUAACGUCGAAACAUCCAGCAGUCUAAUUUUUCUAGUAAUGGCAGUUGACAGCAUAUUUUUAUUCACCGGUUCUGUUGACAAUCUCCGGGAAAUUAAUCGUUUUCAAAUUCAUCUUCUUACCGGAUCCGAUUUGUCGGAUGCCCAUCCCUAGUCGUGGCACGAUUCUACAAGAUAAGUCGAAGAGUCUGCUUGCGCAAUGCUCGGCUUGCCUCAUUAUCCUCGGAUAGUGUGCUUGCGCUAAUGUAAUUUAUAAUUCGGGAUUAGAUUAAUAAUGAAUAAUAAUCUUUUUAUAUUUGACAUAUCUGCUAUCUUACACAAUUUACAUGAACUACUUAUAUUUUUUUUGUUAAUUGUUCGUAUUUCCUCAACUAUGAGAAUGUACUGAAUUUGAAAAUUCAUUUGAAUUAAAUAUAAACCAUUUCAUACUAAUUUUGUUUCGAUAAAUGUUGAAUGAUAUUUUUAUUUUUAUAUCGACGAUAUUACCAAUUUUGAAUGUCGAUAUAUAUUUAUUUUAUUUCAUUAUAUCAAUACAAAACAUUUGUUGCACAUAUUUUCCAAUUUUAAACUUAUUUAUUUUUAUUAAAGGCAUAAAUUAGUAUGGAUUAGCCAAUAGUAUCGAUCGAUUGUUGGUGAACAUAAAACUAGCUAAAUCAAUUAUUAUGACAGAGAGGCCUCAAUAUAAAUAAAUAGAUAGUUAAAGUUUAAUAUAAGCAAUAUUGUAGAUAUUGGUCAUAUAUUUGGUUCCAACAAAUGACAAGAGAUAACGAAAUGAUUUUGUCUACCUAUAGCUAUCAUCACACUAAAGAGUUAACAGCUAUCUCUUUAGUUGCAAUAGGAUACAAGAGAGCGCUAGACAAAAUGAAUAAAUCUCGUUAUCUCUGGGCGCGCAUUCUUGGCCUACAAGCCUUGGAUGCGAACCACGAGAUAUCUCGUGAAGAGAACAUAGUUUAUUGUGGACCAAUAGCGGCGGCAUCGAAAAUAUCCCUCUCUUGCAUCCCAUGGCAGUGAAAAUAUUCGUUUCUUUUAUCCCAACGCAAUGAAAAUAUUCGUCUCUUUUAUCCCAACGCAAUGGAAAUAUUUAUCUCUUUUAUCCCAUUGCAAUGAAAAUAUUCCUCUUUUUCAUCUAUUCGAUUACGCCGUUAUUAGUCCACACUAUUUCUUUUAUCCACGAGAUUAGUCGUUGGCUUAUGCUAAGUCUACAGCCUACAUACAGGUCGAGCUAAACUUCGCACAUGGAAAAUAAACCAAACUAUUUGUCGCGUGUUACUUUAUAUGUAAACGUGGCUAUAGAACAUUAAAACGAUGAUUUUAUUCAAGAGUGCGAGGUUUGAGUUCAUCCAUAUCUAUCUCUGUCUAACACAAUACUAUAGAUAGAGAUGAAAGCGAAACUCACAAUCGAGUUAUAAAAUCUUGUACCUAACUCUCACAACGUCUCGCUGUUUGUGUCAAGUAGCUUGAGUUUCCCAACUUAAUUUAGCGCGAGCUAUCUCGAAAACUUGUGUUUUCUAACUUGCAUCUUUAGUGCGAAAAAUAAAGCUAGAAGUUUAGCUUGAUCUGUUUCUUUAGCAUCAUAAUCUGAUAGCAAUAAAUACGACAAAGCAAUACACGCACGAGUGGUCUGAUUGACACUUUUUAACUUUUUAUAUUGCGGAUAAUUAUGUAAAAUUAACCAUGUUUGAUGCUGGAGAUACUGCCAAACCAACCGAGCCUGACUCGGGCCAAUUACCUUUUAUAGGACUUGUCCCGCUAGAUUUGAUCAUGAUCAAAUUGCGUCUAUCGAAAAAAUGUGCUAAAAUUACACGUGUGUGUAUAACGAUUUAAAAUUACAGUUGUGUGUAGUGUAAAGACAUAGGAUAUAUUGGUGUUAAAUAUUUUCGAUGAAGAGCCGUGAUAGCCCAGUGGAUAUAUGAUGUCUGAUUCACAUUUCAGAGGGUGUGAGUUCGAAUCCGGUCCGGGGCAUGCACCUCCAACUUUUCAUUUAAAAAAAUGAAAUAUCACGUGUCUCAAACGGUGAAGGAGGCAACCGGCAUACCAGAGAAUUUUCUUAAUUCUCUGCGUGUGUGACGUCUGUCAUUCCGCAUUGGGCUAGCGUGGUGGACUAUUGGCCUAAGCCCUCUCAUUCUGAGAGGAUACUCGAGCUCAGCAGUGAGCGAAUAUGGGUUGAUGAUGAUGAUGAUUUUCUGUGUCAGUUUACCUCGUCCACUUCAAAACACAGCAGAUAACUUUGUUGGUGAAUUUAAUUGUGAUACAAGUCUAAUAGAAGGUAAUUGCUCUGAGGGAGAAGCCAUUUAUUUGAUUUUGGUAAAGUUAUUCGUACCGUUUCGGUACUCCAAUGUUUGAAAAUGCAUUUGGUAACAAGACUUGCAUGUUAAAUUAUGGCAAUUGAAACUUUAAAUAUGUUAUUUGUAACGUCAUUUUUGUCCAUUGUAUAAUAUUAAUUAAUUAUAACUA